ACUCUGCAGUGUCUGGCCUGGCAGGGUUCCUGGGUGGAGCUGACUGGUUGCAGGAGGAGGGACAUUCAACAGCCAUCCUGACACCACAGCCCAGGCCUUGGUUCCUUGCUUCUGUCUCCAGCAGCCAGACAAGAACCAUGAAGAGGCUGCUGUGCUCUCUGCUGGGGCUGCUGUGCACCCAGGUUUGCUGGGUGAAAGGUGAACAAGUGAAGCAGAGUCCUGUGUCCUUGGUUCUGCAGGAGGGAGAGCGUACAGAGCUACAGUACAAUUUUUCCACAGUUUUGAGCAGUGUGCAGUGGUUUCACCAAAGUCCUGGGGGACACCUGAAGAGCCUGUUUUACAAUCCUUCUGGAACAAAGAAGAGUGGAAGACUGAUGUCUUCGACAGUCACUCAGGAACGUCGCAGCUCUCUGUACAUUUCCUCCUCUCAGACCACAGACUCAGGCACUUAUUUCUGUGCUAUGAGUGCACAGUGCUCCCCACACACCUGCAGCCAGUGCACAAACCUUCAGCGGGGAUCCAAUUUGGGCCAGAAAGUGACUCAAGUCCAGUCAACUGCAAGCACACAGGAGGGGGAAAAGGUCACCCUGGACUGUUCAUAUGAGACAAGUCAAAACUUAUACCAUAUUUUUUGGUACAAGCAGCUUCUUAGUGGAGAGAUGAUUUUUCUUAUUCGCCAAAUUUCUUCUUCUACUCGUACUGAGAAGAGCAGUCGCUACUCUGUUGUCUUUCAGAAAUCAACCAAGUCCAUCAGACUUGUCAUUUCAGCCUUACAGCUAGAAGAUUCAGUGAAGUAUUUCUGUGUGCUCUGGGAACACACUCACAGUGUUUGA